UUUUUUUUUUUUUUUUUUAACUUAAUUUCUCUGUAAAAGAACAGCAUUGACUAUAUGAUGGACUUAUUAUUUGGCCCACGAAAAGACAUAGUAGACCCAUCUGCUAUAGCUACGCUUUCUAUCGAAUUACUUCCCGAAUUUGGAUGGUCAAUCGGGAAAGAUAAUCAGAGAGCGUUUGGACCAGGCACAAUUUUUCAAGGAUUUGUAGUUGUUAAGUGCCACGAAUUUUCAGAAAGAGCGUCUUGUCUUCAUCUUGUGUUUCAAGGAGUAGAAGUGAUGUUGACAUUUGAUUCAGGACCUGGUAUUAUUAGGUCUGAGUCAAAUCAACUUUUCCGAUCAAGUAUAUUUCUAUGGAAACCUACUGCAACAUUAAAUUCACUAAAGCCAACAAAGACGUACAAAUUUAAAUUCACUGUACAAAUGCCCCUUGUACAAUUCCCGCCUUCCAUGAAUCAUGAAUAUUACCGCUGUACAUACAGUCUUAUUGCUCGUUUGGAUGUACCUUCGGACUAUUGCUACGAGCCAGUAAUCGCCUUCAGUCAUAUAAAGUAUAUCCCACUCACCGAAACUAAGUUACUCAAGGCACCCAUUCUUCUGCCGGACCUGAAAAAGAAAAAGAAGGCCAGUUCAUUGACCACUUUAACAACUUCAGUUAUAUUACAUUCGGUUGAAUAUGUAUCCGGUAGUACCAUCCAAGCCACUGUCAGUUUGAAAGGGCACUUGAACGCAGCACAAUCUUCCAACGAUGUUAGUAUUGUCAUGACGUUAUAUCAAGUCUCCAAAUUCAAUGUGGAUACUGAGCCAAUUCUUGUUAAUGCUGUUGCAACUCAAACUCAUGUGAUACGAAAUUUGUCCGAAUACAGCAGUAACGGGGAAAAGAAGUACCAGCUAACAGUGCCUAUUGACGAAACACUACCACCGUCGUUUAAAUAUGGUAUGGUCAUGUGCCUAUCCUAUAAGCUCAAAAUUAAAGUCUAUAUUCAAAAAUCCCAACCAGCUGAUAAAUUAAACACCACAACAUUAUCAACAGAAAUCGGAAAAUACAGCGCAGACAACAGUUCAUUAAAUUCAAACAAGAAGAGGACGAACUUGAGAAAAUAUUUGGGGCUUUCAUGGUCUACGGCUAUUGCAGCAUUUGAAACACCUAUAGUAAUUGCAACGUUAGACCGUGGCAUUCGUGCAGGAGAUGAGUUAAAUGAUUAUUCAAUAUAUCAGACAGACAAAAAUUGCAUGCCUCGUCCACGUUUUAUAAAAAGUGAGGAAUAUCAAGAUGUGUUACCCAUCUAUGACGACAUCAGGCUGCCUUCAUACAGCAAAGACGCGUGCCAACUCGGAGACUGCAGUUCUAUUGCUCAUCCCACUUUAUCGACACCCAAAUCUAAACCUUUAAUUAUAUAUACUCAAGGUGCCGUGUAAAUGAGUUGAAUGUUGCUCAACAUGUAUAAAUAAACCCAACUUUUUUUUUUAAAAAAAAAAAAA